CUCCUCACCUCAGUGCUGCCAGGCAACGGCUAGCGCGCGGUCGACACUCACGCCCGCCGCCCCGCACGCUCCCGCAGGCCGACCGGACCGCCGCGCGCUCCGGCCACGACCCGCGACCCGGCAACGCCCCCGCGAGGGCUCCACCGAACCACCCCUCUGGAUACACACGCCGACGAACAAGAAAAGGAAACAGACGACAAGAUCUCAAAAGUGCGACAGUGUGUACGCGCGCGCGUGUGUGUGUCAGUGUGUUGUUGUUGUUGUGUUGUGGUGGCUGUGAGUGUGUGAUACCUGUGCGACGGAAAACGGAUUACUAGGAACGCCCCCAAGAUGCAGGGCGGCAAGAACAAGCUGGUGGCCAAGCUCAAGAGCAGCUUCCUCCGCAAGUGGUGGUUCGUCGUAGUCGUAUCACUCGCCCUCAUCGUGUUCGGCGCCAUCGUCGCAGCGUUCUUUACAUCAUGGGUCGACCUAUACAUCGAAGGGGAGAUCGUUUUGAAGAAUGGGUCGCAAACGUUCGGCUGGUGGAAGAAGCCCCCAGUGCACCCGGUCAUGAGGGUUUACAUCUACAACGUGACCAACGCGGACGCGUUCCUCAACAACGCGGAAAAGCCCGUCUUAAAUGAACUGGGGCCGUACGUCUACGUGGAAACGUGGGAGAAAGUCGCCGUGGCGUUCAACGACAACGGGACCGUCUCGUUCCAGCAGAAGAAGGUCUUCAGGUUCGACCCGGAGCAGAGCGUCGGCGACAUCGAGGACAUGGUGGUUGUCCCCAACAUUCCUAUGCUGAGCGCCACCUCGCAGUCCAAGCACGCGGCGCGCUUCCUGCGGCUGGCCAUGGCCUCCAUCAUGGACAUCCUCAAGAUCAAGCCGUUCGUCGAGGUGUCUGUCGGGCAGCUGCUCUGGGGCUACGAGGACCCGCUGCUCAAGCUGGCCAAGGACGUGGUGCCCAAGGAGCAGAAGCUGCCCUACGAAGAGUUCGGCCUCAUGUACGGGCUCCGCAGCGUGGCCAAGAUGAAGGGCAUCUCGGACGCGGGCGCGCUCGUCGCGUCGCUGCCGCUGCGCAACAUUGUCCAGGUGGUGGCCGACGGCCUGGAGAUGAUCCUGAGCGCGCCGCGCACCCGCCGGCCCACCAACAUCAUGCGCUUGCCCGUGCCCUCGAACGGCAUGUUCCACAACCCGCGGCGGCCGCCGAGGCCGCGGCCCUUCCGCCAGCCGGGCAACUUCGGCCUCACCAGACCGAAAAAUGGAACAGCAAAGGAGGUGGUCACCAUUUUCACUGGAGCAACUGACAUUACUCGAUAUGGAUUGAUUGACCGAUUUGAUGGCAAGUCUGCUUUGCCUCACUGGAAGACAGAUGAAUGCAACCGAAUCAAUGGAUCAGACGGAUCAAUUUUCCCUCCCCACAUCACCAAGAACACCACUCUGUAUGUGUAUGACAAGGACAUGUGUCGUCUUCUGCCACUGAGGUUCUUGCGAGAAGUGGUUACAAAUGGUGGUGUAAAUGGAUACCGGUUCACCCCUCCUGAAAACGUAUUUGCUGAAGUUUCUCAGAAUCCAGAGAACGAUUGUUUCUGCCCAAAUGGUCCCCCCUGUUCCCCUCACGGACUGAUGAAUGUUUCAUUCUGUCAAUAUGAUUCUCCUGUUAUGUUGUCCUUCCCUCACUUCUACUUGGCUGACCCUAAGCUGCGGGAGGCUGUGAUUGGUGUUGAUGCCCCUGACCCAGAGAAGCACAGACUCUACAUUGACGUUCACCCUAAAAUGGGAACUGCCCUUGGUGCCAGAGCUAGAGUACAAAUCAACCUUGCUGUCAGCCAAGUUGUUGAUAUUAAACAGGUGGCUACAUUCCCUGAUAUAGUUUUCCCCAUUAUGUGGUUUGAAGAUGGUAUUGAUGGCCUACCUGAGGAAGUAACAGGACUUCUAGCACUAGCUCAAAAUGUUCCUCCAGUUGCCAGAUCAGUUCUAAUGUAUGGGCUAUUUGCCGUUGGUGGCUUACUCCUUAUUCUCGCUGUUGGGUGCCUUGUGAGAUCAUCAGGACGGCAAGAAACACUUAAUUUAGAAGGAACCCAACACUAUGCUAAACCUAAUGAGAAGAAUGGCAAGAGCCACUCAAAUGGCAAAUCACUGGAAACUCGCACAAACCCUGCUUUUGAACAGUAGGUUUUCAAGUGAAAUACACAUGGACUUUUAAUUUGUACAAUUUUUGUUGUAAUAUGUUCAAUAAUUAUUGUGUCUCUUGACGAACAAUACUAAAUUGGAACAAGAUUGUUUAGAGCUGUGACUAAUGGAAAUAAUUUCCUUCUUUUACUUUUUGACAAGAAAGGAGCAAAAAUCACUUGAUGUUGUGCACUUUUUGCCAUUUCCAAUGUUAUUCUUGGAGUUUAAUGUAGCCUGUACCUGUGCAUUGCAAUAGUCUAUCUUUGCCGUGCUAGAUUUUCAAAGAAUCAUGUGUUUACACUCUGUAAUGUUUUCAUGUUGGAGAUGACUAGGUCUGUAAGAAUUAGGCCAAUGUAGAGGAGCCUAUUACUUACAAAAUUUGUGGUGCCAUUGUGCUUUAUAUAAAGUCACGGAGUAGUCUUCUUGUAUGCUCCAGAUAUGCCUUGAUGGUGCGUUUUGUUGUGCAAUCUCUUUAAAUCUAAAUUGACAUAAAAGUAUUUCUGAUAUUUUAUACAAUUGGGACCAUGACAUUCCUUCUAGUGAAUUGCAGAUAUAUUUUGCGAUUGUUUCAUUGGAGUAACUAUUCCUCUGUACAUAGGUGUACUCAAUUGUCAUGUCUGGUUGUACGUAAUGGGGCACAAUUGACUCCUGUAUAUUUUUAGAGGAAUGAAAUUUUUUACCCAAACUUCUUGGGAAGUGCUUCAUAAAAUGUGAUCACUUUUAAAACCGAAUGUGUUGAUAAGAAUGUGAUUAUGUACAGGUCAUUUUGAUGUGUGCAAGUGUGUGAUGUGAUUGUUGUUAGAUAAUUAUCCUGUUAAGUCUUUAAAAUACCUUUAUUUUUCUUUUGGCCUCUGUCAAUUAUCAAUUUUAUAGCUCAGAUAUAAUGUUAAUGAACCAUUUAUUCUAAGAAUUUUUAUUUCACGUCACUUUACUUAGAUUUUCAUUUAUUUUUACCACCCACUAUAUCAUUAAAUUUCCAAUCGCAAUCUCUUUUUUGUUUUAAAACAGCCCCAUGUCAUGAAUUUGAAAUUAAUUAUGGACCUAUCAAUUGUUAGUCAUACAUUCAUGAACUCUUUAGAGCAUUUAUGUUUCAAUUGAAUCAUUAUCUUUAGAUGUGAUGCGUCAGAGCACAGUUCUAUCCUUUCUGUGUUGGAUCAGUUACAAAUCCUGUUCGAAGCAGGACUGAAUAUUGCUCAAGUAUGUAGUUAUUUUCAGAUGUUUACAUCAUAAACAUCCUUUUAAUUGAUUCCACACUAUUGUAUUUUUAAGAAAAAUGGUUUGUAUUAAAUUGCCUCCCAAAUUUCUAUAUUUGCAUACCAGCAUCUUAUAUUUGUAUCCACAAACCUUUACCCUGCUUUGCUCUAAAAUGUACUUUAUUUUAAUCUUCGGCUGUUUUUGUCCAAAUGUGUGUCUGGGAGGCCCUGUAUUAUAAGAAUUGCAUGAAUGAAAAUUAGUGAUUAUUUUAUUAUAGAUGUAAUAAGUAUUAGAGGAGUGAGUAUACAGGAGACGUAAAUGAAAGAGUAUUAGAUAUGUGUAACGAAAUCCGUCCAAAAUUAAAAACUUUUACUCUAAUUUUGUGAUUUGUUGAAUUGCAAAGCAGUUCAAGAUGGCCUCUAUUUGGUUGAUGGCUUACAGUCAUCUCUGGUUAGUCAAAAGAAUUGAAUGGGAUCACACCCAAUGAAUUUGUAAAAAUAUAAAAUAAAAAUAAUUGUUGUAUUUGCCAUAUUUCAGAUUGAUUACUGUUUUUAAAAAUAAAACUUUGUGGACUGUU